AUGAAGGCCUAUAACCACAUCUGUUAUCUCCGUCUCACCAACAGUACUAAUUUAAAGAGAACCUGUAUAUACCACCUGAGCUAUACUAUAUACCAGCUGCCGGAUUAUACCCGGACAAUCGGUGCACGGAACACAUUAACACUUAUAAGCAUGGAUAUGCUCCUUGUACGGUUACAAGCAUUAGACCAAACUGUUAAGAUUAAGCAAGAACACUUGCACGGCCAUUUCUUGUUUACGGAAAGUAUGAAGGAAAAGACGUUACUAGACAGAGUACUGUUGAUCUUACAGGUGGUAAUUGACUAUAUGAGCCUAAAAAAUGCCGUUUUAUUAAUAUAUAUCUACACGUAUAAUGGGCUAUCUACCACCUACCGGGCACCGAUUGUCCGGAUGCGGAAACAUUUUGAAAAGAAAAGAAAGCGUAACAGCGUAUUGAUUGGUUACGCUUGA